AUGAGUACAAGCAAACCAAAGACUCCGGUAUCAUCUCCCAAGAUACUGGAUAUAAGAACAUCUAUGGUCAGACCCACAACACCUUCGCCACCAAAUUCAGAUUCAAGAAGAAAAAGAGGUAGUUUCCUUCGAACUCCGGAACCUCAAGGUCCUGAUUCACAGUUACCAUUUUCACCCGGAAUAAAGAGAUCUAACUCAGGUUCAUAUAAAUCGCCUGAUUAUAAAUUAAGUCAUUUUAAUGUUGCAUCUCCGUAUAGUGUUGGAAGUUUAUUGAAAACACCUAAACAUCAUGAUGAUUCCGAGGAUCGGAAAUUGAAAUUGCAAAAGACUCCACAAUACUUUUCGGCUGCUAAAAGGUUAUUUCAAAAUGAAGACGGGAGUCCAAAACGAGAUGAAUUACAAGAAAUUAGUUCACAGUUGAAGAAUAAAUUAAGUUCAGCUCUUGGGAAAUUACAAAAGGAAGAUUCAAAUUCUCAUGGUAAUAAAAUUACAUUUACAGCAUUAUCAUUCGAUCCUUCACAAUCACCCACCAAAGAUGUAAAAGAAAGCAAUAACAAUGGAAUAGCUUGGUCUCCAUCUGCUUCGAUACAACGGGCAAAUUUGAAUCUACAAACGUUACAACAAUCGCCAAUGUCAAAACCUCGGUAUUCAUUUGAGAAAUCGCCGAAGCUUCCGCUUAAACAAUCACCAAGAUUCCGGCACGAAUUCACACAACCACCACAACCACCACCACCUCUCUUUGACAUGCCUUCCCCUGACGAAGAAUCCAGUGCUCACAAGGCACUUUUGGCAGCACUUUCAAGACAGCAACGACGUCAAAGUGUAUCUGAAUCACAGAAAAUGCGUCACCCAUCACACAGUCGUACCCCAAGUCAUACACGAUCGAGAUCCACAACCGAAGACACCAAAGAUUUUAUAAUGGGACAUCGUCAUACUCGAUCCUCAGAUAUAAAACUCCCUCCAUUGAAUGUCGCCCUCAAGAAUUCCCAACCGCCUACUUCAUCACAUGAUGAUUUCCAACCUACCUCAUUCAAAGGAUUUGGAUCUAAAGCCACCAAUGUGCCUCCAACUCCACAAACACAAACCGAUAAUAAUGAAAAAGAUGCCGUGAUUUCAUUGAUGUCAUUAGCAUCCCCACAAGCGAUUAAAUUUGCCCAUAGUAGGAAUCAAAGUAAUAUAUCGCCCAUAUCUUCCCGAUCAUCCCUGGUGAAUCAGAUCCUUUCCCCGACAUAUGCAAACCCCGGUCCACCGCCGGUUUUUCCACCACUUAAUCGAUUUGUAAAUCCCACUUCGCAGGAGAAGAGAAUGGGGGUAAAGGAUAGUCAGUCGACGGAUACGGAUGAGACAGAUGUGGAUAUUGAUGCGGAUGAUGAUGGGGAUGAUGAUGAUUGA